GUCUAACACCCGUAUUCUAAGAUGUUUACUCAAAACUGCCUUCACUCGGUCCUCAGCCAAGGCCACCUUAAGGGAUUCUCAAAAUCUCCUUGAAAUCGGUAUUCUUAGUUGACACCUCAACCUUAACGGAGGUUUCCUCCAGCGAGGAAGAGUGGAGGUAUGACGUCAUUGUUUUCGUAUUAUUUUGUUGGCAGCAUGAUAGAAUUCUGUUGGCUGUGGUCACGUUUGUAGUUUAUGGGAACAUUUAAACGUCAAACAAAUUGUCAAAUCGACUUUGACAGUUGAUUUCGCGGUACCGGCUUUGUUUAUUUCAAACACAAAUUUCAGACUACUUUGCACUGAGCAAGUUAUCAUCCGUCCCAAACUACUUUGUGGAGUGUGAAAGUGUUUAUUAGAUUUGUAAAAGUGUUUAUCAAGUCAAAAUGUCGAGCGGAUCAACAAGACAAACUUUUACUGAACACGAAAAAGUGUGUCUGCAGGAAUUAGUUUUGAAAUAUAAAUUAAAUUCUGUUGCAACUAUUGGGGCUGGAAAUGCAAAUGUAAAAAAAAUGGCUUGGGUACGCCUUACACAAGAAUUUAACUCCAUUGAGACCAAUAGUAAACGAACAGAGGCACAAUUAAAAAAAUGUUGGGACAAUUUAAAAACCAGAAGAAAACAAUUUCUAGCACAAGAAAAAAGGGAACGCAUGAGGACCGGAGGUGGGUUGUAUGCAGCUAGUACCUCUCAAGGCUCCCAGGAGGCUAUUGAUGCUGCUCUUUUGGAUGCCACAAAUAUAGAGCUACAAGGCGUGUUUGAUAGUGAUAGUGAUAUGGUGUUGGACCACAACAUGUUAGCCCCAGUACCCGAUCUCCCUGCACCUGCAGCCCCUGCAGCACCCGCUAAUACCUCACCUGGCGAAGGACCAUCCCAAAUACAAAAAGCUAUUCCUGUGGAAGUUGAUAUUGAAAUAAUGGAUAAUCAAUAUCGUCCAUCAGCCGGGUCUCGUCUCUCCGAUUAUGACCCACCUUCUCUAAUUCAAGAGUCUGUUCCUGUGGCACAAGUAGAGCUACCUCGUCGACCAUCAACUGGAUUGAGAGAACAUGAUUAUGGAGCACCUUCUCAAACUCAAGCUUCAAAGAACAUUCGGGCUCAUGUAAUUAAUCAGGAGUUCACCUUGCGAAAGGAUAGAUAUCAGGUGAUAGUGGACAGGGAGGAGGAGCUACAUAAAUUGAGGAUAGCAGAGCGGGAGUGGCUCGUAAAGGCAGCUGAGGAGACAUAUCAUAAAGCUCGCCUUGAAAAGGAAAGUGCGCAGGAGUUGCUGCUAUGCAGCCGGGCUAAGCGAGAGCUAGCAGAGCUGCAUCUUUCUAGGGAAAGAAAGAAAUAAAUUGAUAGUUUUUA